UCUGCUCUUAGUGCCCACUGAUCACCAGAGCUAACAAACAGGGGGAAUGAGCACUUCAAACAGACAGAACAGUAAGUCCCCAAGGCAAGAAGCAGCAAAAAAAAUGCUGGCAUGAAAGAAAGCAGGGAGGGAGGCAAGAGAUGAGGCCCAUCACAGGAAGCUCAGGAAGACACAGGAAGCUCAGGAAGACACAGGAAGGAGCUGGCCCUUAGUUUGUGGGUAACAAGGAGGCUUAUGCAGCAGGAAAGAGACUGCUACUGAAUUGUGUUCCCCCAGAAAGACCCAUUGGAGUCCCCAGGACCUCAGAAUGUGAACUUCUUUGGAGACAGGGUCUUGACAGAGCCCUGCAGAAAUACAGCCCCUGGUCCACACGAGGCUUGUGAGAGGUCCAGUCUUUGGCAAUUAUAGUAAGGGACUACAUGCAACACUGAUUUUCCAAGCCUGUCGAUCACUAGAAUAAAGAUGCCAAGGUGGAAAAUUCCACAGUGAAAAACAAACAUCCCUGCACUUUUGUUUCUGGUGUAAGCUUCUGAAGCUUUACGAAAGCAUUUUGUGUUUAAGACCAGCCUGAUUGGGACCCAAGCUCUGGACCUUCAGGGCUGUGUGAUCUUGAGAAAAGCACUUAACACCUUUAACCUCAAAUUUCUUUUCUGCUAAAAGGGAAUGUUGUUGACAGCCAGACCAGAGACUUGUCUUGAGUAAUAUACAUAAAGCCUGUAGCUCAGUUUCUAAUGUAUAGUAAGUUUCAAUAUAUCUUAGGCAUAAUUAUUACUUGCCUUAAAAGCAUACUCAUUUUCAAAUCAUACAGAGCACGAAUAAAUAUUUCUCCUACAAAGUCUCACAAACUCAGGUGAAGAGUGGUCAAACAGUGAAAGCUAUAAAGGCCUUGGGAUUGUGCAAAGAAAUAGAGAAUAAUUGUUUUCAAGAGCAUCCAGGAAGCCUGACAGAGAAGAGGAUUUGGGCAGGAAGUAAAGGAAGAAGUGAGGCAAGCGAUGGAGGAGAGGAUGUGGAGUAGGGAGGUGUUUACUGUCCCAGAUUACAGACGAGGACACCAAGAAUCAAAGAUGUUAGGUAGUCAGCCCGAGACCACACAGCCAGAAGGUGCAGGAGCUAAUUUCAAAAUGUGUGCUCUUAGCAGAGGCACCACACGAGGCUUGUUGUUUUCCAGUGUGUCUGUCACUACGCCUAUAGCACCAUAUUGCACUUACUUGUUUAAAAGUUUGUCUUCCCCACCCAGCUUUUAUCACCUUAAGAAUAGGAGCUCAGAAUCACUCAUUGUUAUAAUCUCAGCAUUGGGCUCCUAAUACAAUGGUGUUGAAUAAUUGUGAGAGCAUAAAUCCCCAACAUUUUAGGACAAUUUUAAUACACAGGUUCAUAUAUAAUAUAGCUUUUUUAAAACCAGGUUUGAAUGAAAAUAUUCCCUCUGAAAGGGGGACUAUAAACACAGUGUGCCUGUGUCAGCAUGCAUCUUAUUUGCCUGAUUCACUUGGUCAUUUGUUUUUGUUUGUUUAUUUGUUUUGUUUUGUUUGCAAGGACAGUAGAGAGAUGAGCUUCAGCCUGACAUAGCUAAUAAGUAUUUGGGGGAAACUAGAGAAAUACGCAUCACUGAAGUCCACCUGGGAUUCUUUCUGAAGGGAAAUCCACUCUCUGAUGUCCUUUCAUUCAAUACAAGCCAAACUUUUUUAUUGUUCAACUCAUUUUUGUGGGAAGGGAAGACAAAAUUGUGGACCAUCUAUAGGAAGCCUAAGAGAGAUAGGAAUAAAUUGAAACUUGUUGAACUGAAAAAUCUAGAGUCUUUCUAUAUUUGUUGGCCCAUGCAGGACCAUGGAGAGGGUCAACCGAACGAGCAGUGUCUCCGAGUUCAUCCUCCUGGGACUCUCCUCCCGUCCGGAGGACCAGAAGCCACUCUUCACCCUGUUCUUCAUCAUGUAUGUGGUUACCAUGGUGGGAAACUUGCCUAUCAUCUUGGCUAUCCGCUCUGACACUCAGCUCCAGACACCCAUGUAUUUUUUCCUUAGCAUUCUGUCUUUUAUUGAUGUUUGCUAUACAACAACCAUCGUCCCCAAAAUGCUGAUGAACUUUCUGUCAAAGAAGAAGACUAUCUCUUAUGCUGCAUGUAUGACUCAGAUGUAUUUCUUCUUGGCUUUUGCCAACACAGAAAGUUACCUCCUGGCAGCCAUGGCCAUUGACCGCUAUGUGGCCAUCUGUGACCCCUUCCAGUAUGUCACUGCCAUGAGCCACCGUCGUUGUGUUCUGUUGGUGGCCUUCUCCUGCUCCAUCGCUCACCUCCAUUCUCUCUUACUGGUUCUCCUGAUAGAUCGUCUUCUCUUUUGUGACUCCAGCGUCAUUCACCACUUCCUCUGUGACAUCAACCCUCUGCUGAAAUUAUCCUGCUCCUCCACGUUUGUCAGUGAAAUUGUAAUUAACACAGAAGGGCUGAUCACUUUGGUGACCCCCUUUAUAUGUGUUAUCAUCUCUUACCUACGAAUCCUUGUUGCUGUUCUGAAGAUCCCGUCAGCUGCUGGGAAGCAUAAGGCUCUCUCUACCUGUGGCUCCCACCUCACCAUGGUGACCCUCUUCUAUGGAAGCAUUAUUUAUGUUUAUUUCCGACCCCUGUCCACUUACACCAUCAAGGAUCGGGUGGCCACAGUCAUCUACACAGUUUUGUCCUCUAUGCUGAACCCUUUCAUCUACAGCCUGAGGAACAAAGACGUGAAGCGGGGCCUGAGGGAGCUGAUGGGCAGGAGGAUGUCCUAGCCAGCACCUCCGUGGCCGUGCUCAUCAGUGAGUCUUCUCCUGUGGGUCCUCAUUCCUGAUGCUUCCUGGUGUGUAUAUCAAGCUAAUAGCAGUUAGCACACCUAAGCCAAGAGUUCAUAAGAAAUGGUGUAGAUGACAAGAGUAGAAUAUUGUACCCAGUCUUAUUUAUUUAUAAUACAAU